AUGUCCGGGUCUCAGGAGCUGCCCUUCCGGCUCCACGAGUACGCCUGGUGGAACUUGAUCGACCUCGGGGAGAUGUACGUCACGCUGCAGGCGGUCGGAUGGGAGGUGAUGGGAUUGGGAAGGAAGACGCCUCCGGUGGACGACAAAGAGAUUGCGGAGAGGAUUGCCAACGAAGUGUUCAAGCUUAUCUUGGCCAUGAAGUACCGGUAUCCGGCCAAAGCGCUGAAGAUCCUGGCCUUUCUGGAAGUGGGCGACAAGAGGACGCUGCGGCUGCUGGUGCGAAGCGUGCCGCGGGCGAUCUCCUAUCUGAACCCACAGGCUGCUGCGGAGACCAUCAUGGCCUGCGCGAAGCUGGACAUCCAGCCGGAGGACGUGUUCCACCGGGUGCAGGGCUGGAGGAUAUACCUGGUGCUGAUGAAGAAGCUGCUGCCGGACAUCGGCUCGCUGACGCCGAAGAUGACCUGCGACGUGGUGGCGGCCAUCGCCAAGGCAGGCCAGCGAGAGUACCAGUUCGUCCACCACGUGGAGGCGGCGGUGGAGCAGCGACCCUUCAAGUUCCAUGCGGAGCACCUGGUCUCGCUGCUGCGGGACUUUGCAAUCCUGAAGCAGCCCUGCCCUCUUCUGCGGCGGCAGCUUCUCACGCGGGGCCACGAGCUCUCUGAGUGCACCCCGAGCGGUUUGUGUGCCCUGCCCGAAGCGCUGGCUGGGCAUCCGGCGCUGCCUGGCGCGGAAGGAGAAGAUGCCAAGGAGCAGUUGCUGGAAAAGGCAGCCGAGCUCUUGUGCAAGCCUGGGGCGUAUCGACUGCCCUCCGACGGACGUGCCUUUCGGUCCAAGGACGAUUUCUGGUGGGAGCAGAUGAGGCAGCGGCACUUCCGGCUCCGGCGCAAGGCCAAGGACCGGGGCCACAGCGUGGCACCAGCGCCCGAAGAAGAGGACGAGGAGGCUGUGCAGCCGGCGGUGGCGCAUGUGACCCGCCAGGAGUGCCUCCAGCUGCUCACCGGCUGUGCGAAGCUGGACUGGCGCCACGAGCCGCUGCUGGAGGGCUGUGCGGCCUGGCUGUGCCAGGGCCGGCGCCACGCUGAGCUUGAUCCCAGCGAGGUGGCGGAUUUGCUGUGGAGCUACUCCGUGCUGGGCUUCACUCGGCCGCUGCUGCGGGCGGCGCUGGAGCACGCCCUUUGGCCAGGGGGUUAG